AUAAAUUAAUAGAUAAAUAAAAAGACACAAACUUAAUUGAUAGAGAGGAAACUGUUGACAAUGCAAGUAUUAAAGAAACGGGUCUAGGGCAGAAAGUUAUGUGAGACAGAAGGAAAGCUUAAGGAUUUUGGCAAGAUUAAGAAUUAGACUGAAAAAAAUUGAAAUGCAUGGAUGUAAAAUAGAUGAAAGAAGAAAAAUAAUCUUAAUUUACCUCCAAAAAUAAUGACAGCUUCAUAUUUUACUCAGGCAUAUAUUAGAAACUAAAAAUAAUAAUUAUAAUAUUUAAAAAAAAAAAAACAGGCAGAGAAAGGUAUUUAAUGCCAUGCUGAACAUAAUGCUGAACUUUUUUCCACAAACAUGAUCAGCCUUAGUCAGUAUUUAUGCCCAAUAGGGAGCUACUUGGACACACACACACACACACACACACACACACACACACACACACACACACACACACACACACACACACACACACACACACACACACACACACACACACACACACACACACACACACACUUUAAGAUGUAAUCAGGACUUUUAAUUUUUCUUUUCAGUUUUUCUUUAGGAACUGAUACCUUAAGUGGGUCUUUUUAUUUUUUUGUUUUAUUCUUCCAUUUAUUUAAUUUUAUCUAUAUUUAUCUAUUUAUUUUAUAUAUUAUUACUAUUUAUUUAUUUAUUUAUUAUUUUUUUUUUUUACUUUGGCCACCUCAUCUGGAGUUGCUAGCUCAGAAUAUAGAUAGAUAUAGAUUUAUUUAUUUAUCUUUUUUUUUUAUCAGUUUUAUUGCCCCUGUCCAGAACCCCUUACUUGGAAUAAUAAUAAUGAAAAUAAAGAUAAACAGAAAGGGAAAUUAGGAGGCUAAAUUUGUUCUCUCUAAGCUACAGAAUUGUUCAAGAGACUGUACAGUACAAAAAAGAGAGUAAACAAAUGAAUAAACACACAAAGAAAAGAAGAAUAGGAGGCUAGCUUUGUCACAUCUAAGCCACAGGAUUGUCGAAGAGAUGAGUACAAAAGUAUGUGUUUUAGGAUAUUGUAAUAAAUAAAAACGUAAAUAAGUAAAUAAACACAUGCAGGAAGGAAGAAAAUGAAGACUAGUUUUGUUAUUCAAGUUACAGAAUUGCUGAUGAGUCUAGUACAAAGAUAUGCAUUUUAAAGUAUUGUAGAUGAUUGAAGGGAAGUGUGUAUGUGUGUGUGUGUGUGUGUGUAGGAGUGGAAUUGUGUAGGUAGUGUGGACGGCUCAAGUUGUGUCAGUUUGGGCAUUCAAGUUUAUGUUGGGUCAGUUUGCAGAGUUACUUGUGUCGCAUUGAGUCAGUACAGGCACCCGUGUUGCGUUGAUUUGGACGUUUCAGAUUGUCGGGUCAGUUUGGAGAGUUUUCAUGUUACGUUGAGUCAGUUCAGCGUAGACACUUUAAGUUGCAUCACUUUGGGCAUUUAACUCUCACUAUGAUAUGCAACACCUCACGGCACCAGAAACAACGAGAUCGUAUUAAGUAUUUACAAGAAAGGAAAAAAAGGGAAUGAAAGGAAUAGAUUUAGCAGUUUUUAGCCAGUAUAAUGCUUAGAGAUGGCUGUGGAGCAAGGUGAAAGAUCUUAGAAUGAUUAGCGAACAGGGGAAGACCAUACCAAACCAUAGGGAAAGUGUUGACUUAUAUCAGGUGAAGUUGGACAAGUUGCAUCAGUCUGGACAUUUAAGUUGCAUCAGUUUGGGCAUUUAAAUUGCAUCGGGUAAAUUUAAGUUCCUAAGUUGCAUUGAUUUGACACGAGGUGCGUCAGUUCGGUUCCAAGUUGUGUCGAUUUGCACUUACAUGUUAUGUCAUUAAUUUGGGCAUUUUGAGUUAAAGUGAGUCGAUUUGGAGUCUGUUGAUUCAGUUUGCACAUUUAAUUUAUCUCUUUAAUUUGGACAACUUGAGUUACAUUGAGUCAACAUGAAGUCAUAAGUUGUGCUCGUUCAACUUGCACACUUAAUUUAUAUCUUUAGUUCAGUUAAUUUGAGUUAUGUUGAGUCACUUUGGAGUCAAGUUGUGUUGAGUCAAUUUAGAGUUGCAUCACUGUCGACACACAGGUCAUGUUAGUGUGUUGAUGUGUCUGGGCAUUAGGUGGCUGUGCAUCGCUACCUCGGGCAUUACGAGACCUGAGUUUUACAUGUUACGGAAUUAAUUAAAUCAUUUGUUAUUUGCUUAUAUGUUCAUUUGUAAUUUUAUUGUUAUUAUUUAUUAUUAUUAUCUUUAUUGCUAUUGUUGUUUCUAAUUUAACUAUUUUCUAUCAUCUUGAUGUACGACAGUCGCAGUCAGUGUAUUGUUUCAAAUUUUUGCCAUACAUAGAUUAAGAAAAUGUAGUUUAUCCACGCAUGGGCAUUAUGUUGGCCUAAUUUUUUUUCAUUGACUAUGAAAAGAUAGGAUGUAACGCAUGUUAAAUAUCCCAAGGCUGGAAAGUGUGACAAAUUUUACAUAUUCUAGGAAAGUCAGGGAAUUUAGCUACAUACACCAUACAGUAAGCAUUAUAUUAACUGAAUCUUCAUGUAGAUUAAGAGGGGAAAAAACCAGAAAGCUACUCUAGAGGAAGAAGUAACUAAAUAUGGAAAUACAAGAAAAAAAAAUAUAUUAGAAAAGGAAAAAGUAAUCAUAAUCUCACCACCAACAAAUAAAAAAUAUAUAUACGUUGUGCUUUUAAACAAAUACAAAUCGUUAAAGUAAUAUAAUGAUAGUGGUAAUAAAUAAAAAUAGGAAUUAAAUAAACAGACAAGCAGUUUAGUGUCCGUCGUAAAAUUGACGCUCAAAAAAAAAAAAAAAUCGUACAUCAGAAAGGCGUCGUAUGCGUCAAAUUAUUCUUCACGGGAGUCGAGGGGUCCACGGGGCGUGUGUGUGCGUGCGUGUGUGUGUCGAGGCUGUAUGAUUAGUUUGUCUCUUUGUGUACAUCAGCGUGCCAUACAUACAUGCAUACAUACAUGUGUCCAGGCAUUAUA